AUGGCGGGCAACAAGUUUUGGGGCGGUGACUCCUCGUCCUCGGACUCCGACUCGGACUCCGAUUCCGAGGAGGAGGAGAAGCCCGUGGCCGCAGCGGCCGCGCCCAGGAAGAUGGCUCGCUGGGCUGAAGCCUCAUCCAGUGAAGACGAAGGUGUCGCGCAAAGACGUGUAGUCCGCUCGCACACUGACAAGAAGAAUGAGCAGAUGCUCGAGGGAAUAAAGGUGAUGAAGAAUCACAUGAAGAUUGAUGACUACGCCAGUACGAUCACUGACUACGAGUCUCUCCUGAGGAUGCUGGAAAAGCUUCGAUUACAGAUGGAGCAGGACGGCGGCCCUCCCAAAGCCUUCAUCAAGGCCAUCGGUAGCCUGGAGGACUACGUAGAGAAGCAGCAUGAGGAGAUCCAGGAGAAGAAGCAGAAGGGCAUUAAGCUCCCGGAUAACAAGAACAAGGCGUUCAAUACCCUGCGUGCCAAGGUGAAGAAGGGCAACAAGCCUUUUGCCGAUGACCUGGCCCAGCUACACGCCGACCCGGACGCCUUCCAGUCUGACGAGGAGCCUGAAGCCAGCGACUCCGCAAGCGAGGCCAGCGCGGAAGGUGAACGGAGCAGCUCCUCUGACUCCUCCAGCAGCUCCUCGAGCUCAGACUCCUCCAGCUCUGACUCGGACAGCGACUCGGACAGUUCCUCCGACACUGGCAGCGCCAGCUCGGACUCGGAUUCCGACUCCUUCGACAGCUCUGGAAAGUCCGACACCUCGGACGGCGAUGGGGAUGAGGAUUUGGUCCGUGAGAGGAAGAUGCUCCGAUGGCUCAUUACACCAGAGAAGCUCGCCGAGCGCGAGAGAAAGGCUGAGCUGGCAAAGGCCAAAGAAGCAGAGAACAAGGCCAAGGAGAAGGAGAAGCGAGACAGGAAGAAGGAGAAGGGUGAGGACGGCCGCAGCACAGCAACCGGCCGAGAGCGCAAAGGCAAAGACGAGCCAGAGGAAUACACCUCCAAGGAGCUCACCAACAAGGUCACCGAGAUCACGCAGCAGCGUGGCCGAAAGGCCUUCGACCGCAAGGCCUACAUGGACAAGCUCCAGAAGCUGUUGGUCCACGCCGCCAAGCAUGGCCCCCUCGAGCAGCUGUACAUCUACGCUUCGAUGGUGUCGGCCGAUUUCGACAACACUGGUAGUGCUUUUGCUGCCAUGAAGAUCGAGAUGUGGAACGAAGCCUUGACGAAGGUGAAUAAGAUGCUGCCACUGCUUGUCGAGUCCCACAACAACAUCAAGAAUGGCACUGCCGACGAGAAGAGUGCCGAGCAAAACACCGACGUCGAGGAUCCAAAGUCCCACACGAGACUGCAGGAGUUGUACCUGGCUUACGUUGAGAAGCUGGACGACGAGCUCUACAAGGCGUUGCAGUUCAACAGUGAUGUCUACGGCUCAGAGUACCACGAAAUCCUGGCCAACUCCUCGAAAUGCCUGGUCUUGCUGAACCGAACCCUACGCUUCUAUGAGACGGUGGGCCAGCCACAGCCGCUGGGUGAGGUUGCUUCGCGCCUGAUGGAGCAGCUGUACUACAAGCCUGACUCGCUGAAUGCUCGUGUGUACGAGGCCGUUCCGCACACCAUGUCGGACGAGAAGAAGGAGGAUUGGAUCUGGCCGGACGACUCCAAAGCCUACAUGGGCAAGCUCUGCCACUACGUCUGGGCAACCGGCGAUCAGCGGCUUCGCCGACGCGCCUGCCUUUGCCAGGCCUACCACCUGGCUUUGCAUGACUGCUUCCAGCCUGCGCGCGACCUGCUCCACCUCGGCAACUUCCAGGAGCAGGCAGCCGAGUCCGAUGUCCACACGCAGAUCCUGUACAACCGGGUAAUUGCUCAGAUCGGUUUGUCCGCGUUCCGGCUGGGCAAGAUCACGGAAGCGCACAACUGCCUCAUGGAUGUGUGCCAGUACAACAAGGGCCGCGAGCUGUUGGCACAGGGCCUUUCCUAUGCCAAGAACAUGGAACGUUCCGCGGAGCAGGAGAAGGCCGAGCGUCAGCGCCAACUCCCGUACCACAUGCACAUCAAUCUGGAGGUGCUCGAGAGUGCUCAGCACAUCUGCGCGAUGCUGUUGGAAGUUCCCAACAUGGCGAUGCAGGCCAUUGAUCCCAGCAACAAGCGCAUCAUCUCCAAGGUCCUUAGGCGCGCCCUUGAGACGUACGACAAGCAGCAGUACACUGGUCCGCCGGAGACUGCCAAGGACUCCGUGGUGGCCGCGGCGAAGGACCUUCAGCGAGGAGACUGGGCCAAGGCUUGCGCCCAGCUCGAAGGCCUGCAGCUCUGGCAUCACAUCGACACCAACCACCCGGAGAACGGUGAGAAGGUCAAGGCCAUGAUCACGGAGAAGAUGAAAGUGGAGGCCCUGCGCACCUACCUCUUCUCCUACGCAUCCAUCUACGAUGCCUUCCACUUGGAUCAGCUGGUGGAGAUGUUCAACUUGGAUGGAAGACAAGUGCAUUCCACCAUCUCGAAGAUGAUGAUCAAGGAAGAGAUCACGGCCUUUUGGGAUGAGUCGUCAAAGUAUGUGCUCGUGCAGCACGUGGAGCCAACCCCGCUCCAGCGCCUGGCGAUUACACUGGCGGAGCGAGCCGUGCAGGCCGUGGAGAACAACGAGCGCCUCGUGGAUUUGAAGACCGGCGGCUUUGCUUUCAAGGAUGCUGGUCGUUCACAGCCGGGUCUGAAUACCGACUCCGGCAAAGGCGGAAAGGGAAGAAUGGGCAAAGGCUUCGACAUGAAGGCAGACCAGAAGGGCGCCAAAGGAAAGGGCCGCGGCAAAGGUUCCUCGUUUGGUGGACAGCCCGUUCGCCGGGCCGGGGGAUGGGAGAACGCCCGGGCUGGCGCCCUGCGCGGCGGCACUGGGCAACGUGGAUGGUCCACCGGCAUCAGAGCGUAA